AUGAAAACUGGGGGUAUUCUGAGAAAUCGUGUCCCCAUAGCUUCUCUUGUGCAGCUAGCCAACAACACGAAAUCUGGUAUGAUCGCAUGGCUAGAGGCAGGGCUGUUGGAAUUAUAUUCUGUCGAUCGGUCGGAUUUGACCGACGAUCUUCUACAGCUUGUCCUUCACGACUACCAAUAUCAUCUCCCGAUGGGAGACCCGAAGCUGAAGACGAUACUUCUCAGUGCAUUGCGGGUUUUCAUAACUGAAGAACAUAAAGGGGCUGUCAAAACGAUCUUGAAAGCACUCAGUCGUUUCGGAUGCCGCCUUGACAGCGAAGUAGCCCGCGUAGGUAAUACCGGCACGCUUGGAUACACGGACAAUUCGAUUCUACACGCACUAGGCAACGCCGAUUGGCAUCUGGCCGCCUCUUUGAUGGUGAAACGGAGUUCUAUACCAAGUCUAGAGGGGCUUUCUCAUGGUCGCUCAUUUGAGAACAACUAUGUAGAACUCAUGGAUGCUAUCAAAAAGAAGAACCUCACACUUGCGUACCUCCUGCUAGAGCAAUGCGAGUUUAAAAAGCUUAAUGCAGAAAAAGUCGUUGAACUCGCAAUUAGCCUCGGACAACAUGAUAUGGCUAUCACCAUCAUUAAGGGUAUGGAAGACUCCGAAAAUUCAGGGAUCUACGGCCUGGCAUUUCUACUGGAACAUGGGCAAACCACAACAGUCAGUGCUCUUCUUACAGGGCAACCUAUCUGGGAGUCUGCAUUCAAAGCUGCAAGCCAACACAGCGACUAUGGUCCUCUAGAAACCAUGAUUUUCCAACGUUCGUUUACACCUUUCUUCGGAUUCCAAAAAAACUAUCCUUCGGUGCUAGAACAGCAACAACUGUGUUUCCGGGCUAUUGCUUUCCACGCCAUCGCAACGGAUAAUUUCAAGCUCUGCAAAUGGCUUUUCCAGCUUGGUAUGGACGCUGAUGAACUGUGUUUGAGGCGUUAUAAAGGUGAGUAUGAAUUCGAUGUUGUAAAGUUUCCGGUCUCCUACUCCACUUUCCGCGGCAGUGGUGGCGGCGGCCCUGUCGGUGGUGAUUACAGGCCUAGGUUGCCUUCCCUUCUCGCCAUCGCGGCCGAAAAGAAUAACAGAGAGUGGGUAAGAUUCCUUUUGGCUGAAGGUGUCUCCCCUAUCGACUCUAUGGCACUAUUCCGAGCAGUAAAUCUCAAGGCAACUAUCGCUACUAUCCACCUUCUUCUCAGGCCAGUAAGGACUGAAAAGCGUUCAGCUGAGCGAACCUAUGGUAUCGCGGCACUCCGUCAAGCCAUUCGAUUCCGUGACUUCAACAUCAUCAAUGUUCUGUGUCGGAUAGUAGAUAUCGAUGCUAUUGAGCCGUCGACGGACGAAAUACGGAACUCAAAAGUUCCUGUUAGCCCUCUAGGCGAAGCAAUAAUCUUGAAAGAUUUAGAGGCAGUCGGUGUACUGCUGCAGCGAGAGCUUCAGUACACACGCAAUGUGGGAAUCCUUCGCACGCCCUUGCAAAGAGCCGCCGAAAUGGGUUGCUUCGACAUCGUUCAGUACCUUACCAAGCAAGAUGCGAUUGUCGAUACGAUUCCUGUUCGCUCUGGUGGUACUGCCCUGCAACUAGCAUCGAUGAAUGGGUUCUGCGGCAUUGCAGCAUUUCUGCUUGAGCGCGGAGCCGAUCCGAAUUACCCACCUGCCAAGGGCCAUGGUCGAACUGCCUUCGAAGCAGCAGCAGAGUGGGGUCAUAUUGAUACGAUGUCGCUUUUGAUGCAAUGCAAUGUCGACCUCGGUUUGGAAGUUGGAGAGCCUCCUGAAAGCCAGUACGAGCGGGCUAGGCGGUUUGCGGAGAAGAACGGUUUCCCGGCAUCAAAGCGAUUUGUGGAGCACCUCUACAAACAGACAAUAGAUCAAAGCUGGGGUGACGUGUUGGCGUUAGAUUUCGUGUGA